AUGUUUGUCACACCGGCUUUCGCCCAGGCGGGCGGCGCGGCCGCCGGCCCGAGCCUGAUCAUGAGCCUUUUGCCGUUCAUCCUGAUUUUCGUGAUCAUGUACUUCCUGAUCAUCCGGCCGCAGCGCCAGCAGGUCAAAAAGCGCGAGGAAAUGCUCGGGGCCAUCCGCCGCAACGACACGAUCGUCACCGGCGGCGGCGUCGUCGGCAAGGUGACCAAGGUGCAUGAGGACGAGGGCGAACUGGAAGUCGAGAUCGCCCAGGGCACCAAGGUUCGCGUGAUGCGUUCGAUGGUGGCCGAUGUGCGGGUGAAGGGCGAGCCGGUGGCCGCCAACGACGCCAAGAAAGCCUGA